CAAAGUUAUGGGUUCUUCGUCUUCAACAACAGCUGCUCCAUCUCUACUUCUUGAAAAACCAUGGAGGAAAAUUAACAAUGGAGAGAACCCAACUGAUCAGCAUGUUGUGGAGAACUACAAACCUGAGGUUGAAGAACAAAAUCUUAGGAUCCUUCUUCAUGGUCCAGUUGGAGCUGGAAAAUCUAGUUUCAUCAAUUCUGUAAACAGCGUCUUACAAAAGAGAGUAUGUUGCGAGGCUUUGGUGGCUAACUCUUGUGACUGUUUCACCAAAAAGUAUACAACCUACAAGAUCAAAAAGGGAAAUGCCUUUUACCCUUUUUUCCUAAAUGACAUGGUAGGGUUGAAAUUCACAACCAGCAGAAGAAACAGAAGGAUUCAUGUGAAACAUGUCAAACAGGCGCUGAAGGGCCACAUAAAGGAUGGUUACGUGUUCAACCCUGAAAAUAAACUGUCAAAAGGCGAUAGAUACUACAACAGAACUCCAACUGAGAACGACAAAGUGCACGUUUUGGUUUGUGUUGUUGAUGCCAACACUGCAUCUCUGAUGAAUGAUGCCACUGUGGAAGCAAUACAGGACGUCAGAGAUGAAGCCACUGAGCUGGAGAUUCCACAAGUGGCAAUUUUCACCAAAAUUGACGAGGCUUUUCCUGAGAUAAAACAUGAUGUGACAAAUGUCUACAGAAGCGAAUGUCUGCAGCAAAGGAUUGAGCAGUUCAGCAAACGUGUGGGCAUCCCUAUUAACUUUAUUUUUCCAGUGAAGAACUACCACUCAGAAAGAGAACUGAAUCCUGACAUUGAUGCUAUAAUAAUGAACGCCAUGAGAAACAUCAUUGACAUUGGAAAUGACUCCCUCAACAGAAAGUUAAGACCCCAGACCUAGACAUCCACUGUACUGAAAGUGUGGUUUUGGUUCAAGUGUUAAAACCAUCGCAAUCAUUGUAUGUGUUACAUUGUGUGUGAGUGAAAAGCAUGGUUCCAUCAAAAGUCUGAAAUCAAGAAAUUUAAUUUCUAUAUUUCCCUGAAAAGUUCCAAGAUGUGUUUUAAAACUAGUAGAAAAAUAUGAAUCCUCUAAAUUUGUUUUGUAAAUGUUUAUUAUUAAAGUUGUUUUAGUUUCCUGUAUUACCAGAUGCUCUGUCAAAGGCCAAAGGGAGACUGAGCCCAUAAAUACAUGCAUGAGGCAAUUAGGGAGACAUGGAAGCCCUGGGUGAACAAAAAUUAUUCUGACUAUAAUCAAGGAAACAAAACAGAAGGAACAAAAGAAAAAAAAUGGUAACAAAAACACCCCAUAAUUGUAAUACACUACAUAAAAAUGAGAAAUUUAUAAAGUAAAUAACUGAGAUCUCCAUAACUCCAUACAAUAUGGGUGUUUGAGGUAAGUCUGGAAAACACACAAAGCUUCCAAAAAGCUUGAGCUUGUCAAAAGUGGCCUAGAGGCCACUUAAAUAAAGAGAGAUCAUUACAAAGAAUGAACAUGAUUUGUUGAUGUACACAAUUUUUAUAGAGAUAUUUGGCAGACUCCGAUGGCCCAUCUCGGCAGUGAUAGGUAUUAGAGCCAGACCCGUAAAGAAAAGGAGAAUGUUGCAAGGAACAUGAAAGAGAAGACCCUGACUUGAAGCUCUAGCUGUUGUAGGCUAGGAGGAAGCGCAGAGACAGAAUGAGGCUGAGAGUUGGCAGAGCGGGAAUAAGAAGGAAGACUUUUAAACCACCACCAAAUAUAAUUAAAACUAUUCUGUUUCAGUUCAUGUCAAAUGACUGUCAGGUUUAUAUUGCUGGAUUGUCAUUUAUGCUUAGAAAUAUUUACCCAUAUAUGCAUAGAGUUUGAUUGCAUAAUGAUAGAGGUUUGAUCCUUAGCAGUCUGUAAAGACUCUGUGUGCCUUCCAGAGUGUACUGGCAUGCA